UGAAAUUUCGUUGUUCAUUCAUAAACUAUUCCGGUGUUGUCAGGCCCGCUUGGAGUGGCGAUUGGCUGCUCCUGACUCUCGGCAAACCCCCUCCGCGGGGCCGGGGCGAAAUUAGUCGCAAGGAGGCAUGUAAUUGACCGAGUCACGUGCACGCAGGGGCCCAGGACCGGAGCGCGAGCAAAGGGGGGGAAAAUCAAACGAGGGAAGGCACGUUAGACCAUGCGAGCGAAAUUGGGGAUCGUUCAAAAUCAAGAUGUUAGGCUGACGCAAAAGACCGCUUCGAGCCAGCCAGGGGGAACUUUCCCUAUCGUCACUUUGGAGCAGAGGGCCCGUGGGGCAACAUGGCCGAAGCGGGGGCGAGUAAAGGUGGAGAUGAGCCCGGGAAAUUACCGGAACAAGAGGAGGAGGAGGAAGAGGAGGAGGAAUCCCAGAUCUUGCACGGAACAGGCCAUUGCAAAUGGUUUAAUGUGCGGAUGGGAUUCGGAUUUAUUUCCAUGAUCAACCGUGAGGGAAGCCCCUUGGAAGCGCCGAUUGAUGUGUUUGUACACCAAAGCAAGCUUUUCAUGGAAGGAUUUAGAAGCCUAAAAGAAGGAGAACCAGUGGAAUUUACUUUUAAGAAAUCUUCCAAAGGCCUUGAAUCAAUACGGGUAACAGGUCCAGGUGGGAUUCCCUGUUUAGGAAGUGAGAGACGACCCAAAGGAAAGACAGUACAGAAAAGAAAGCCAAAGGGAGAUAGAUGCUACAAUUGUGGUGGCCUCGAUCAUCAUGCUAAGGAAUGUACUCUACCUCCACAGCCAAAGAAGUGCCAUUACUGUCAGAGUAUCAUGCACAUGGUGGCAAACUGUCCACACAAAACUGUUCCACAACAGCCUACUAGUUAUCAGGGAAGAUAUGAAUCUGAACCCCAGCCUUCUACAUCAGCAUUUCAGAGAGAAGGGGGAGGGGCUUAUGGCUACACAUCUUUAUCAUAUUCUCAGGAGGGAAGGGCAGACAUCUUAGAACGAUCAGGAAGGUCACCACAAGAAGCUGCUUCCAGUAAGUUAUCUGCAUCGCCUGAAGAACAGAGCCGAAAAGGGCCCUCUGUUCAAAAAAGGAAAAAGACUUAGAGAGCAUUGUCAUCUUACCCUCUCGGGAUGCCUACCUCAUUCAAGCACAAGGAGAAUAAUUUCACAGCCUGGGAUUUUUUAACUACUGCUGAGGAACUACGGUCUUUUUCAAAAGCAAAACAAACCAGUAACUCCAAGCAAAAUUUAAUUUGAGUUGUAAGUCUUGUGUGUGGGGGGGGUUGUUUUUGCAUUGUACGACUGUGCACAUGUCUUGAAUGUAUACAUUCAGAUCUGUUUCCUUGGAUACAUCAUCCGUUGCAAAGCAAUAGUUUUGGAUACUUUUUCAUGGAGUUUUUCCUUUUAAUAGUUCAUCAUUCUAUAGUUCAAGAAAAACAUUUGGAAACAUGGGAAUCAAAAGAUAUUUCACUAUUUACAUGGGAAUCAAAAGAUAUUUCACUUUUUAAAAAGUUGCCAUGAACAUGGUACUAAAGAUAUUAUGACAUCCCUGUAGGGUCCAGGGUAGAUUGCUUCUCCCUCUGAUACCCAGCACAGCAAUGUUUUUUACUUCCUCUUAUGUAAAAAGGGUAAUGCCUUGGUUUAAAUAUGCCUCAGGAUUGCUACAAUGUUUAAGGAGUUAAAGGCACCCUCCCUUCUUCCCCCUCUCCCCUAAAGACAAUGAAUGUGUCGUUUCUGUGCUGGUAUCUCAAAUAUUAUGUUAAAUUAAUAUGGUUUAAAUGCAGGUUAGGUGACUGUUGUGAGGGAGAAUGUAUAUAUUGAAAUGAUUGUUUGGGGUGGUACUGAGAUACUGCCCAGUUUGAUUUGUUGUAUUUUGUGCAAACCUUUGAGGUGUUACGGAAGCGGCAGCAGCAGCAUCUUCUCAAAAGUAAACAUGGAAUAAGAAUCAAAAAGGAAAACAUGAAGCUGCCUUAUAUCAAGCCUGUUAUUGGCCAUCUAAACCAGUAUUGUUAACCUCUGCUUGGCAGUAAGCUCUACAGGGUUUCAGGCAGAGAAGAGUCUCUCCCUGCUCUUGUUACCUGAUAUGCUUUCUAACUGGAGAUGCCAAUGAAUUAGUCACUUACUGUUUUGAGGCAAAUUAGUAGGACUAGAUCUUGACCUUUUAAAUUUUUCUCACAGGCCUUUUUUAAAAAGUACUUAGUCAUUGAUCAGUUUAAUAUAUUUAGAAAAUUGUCAGCUAUUAAAAUGCAUAACCACUAGAUUGUGGGUUUUUAGGUCCAUUCAUUGACUUCCUCAUCAUAACAACUGUAUUUCUUAAACUCAAGUAUUAAAUAUAGUAAGAUGAGGAAGCUGUUGAAUGGACCUAAAAACGAUCAGGUAGUGCUUUUCCUACUAAACUGUGUUUUCUGUAAGUGCGGGUAUCCUUCCAAUCAACCACAAAAACUUUUUGUUGACAACCCAUGCCUUUCAGCAUUCUUCCCAUCAGAUGACAUCCGUUGCUUUAUAACUGACAAACUACUGGUGGCUUCUCAGGCAGAACUUUAGCGAAAUGAAGAGACUGCUCAAAACUCAUACAACUCCCAAUAAUUUUGGCCAGGUUUGUGCAAGAAAGACUCCCUAUGGUAUGCAAUGUGAUUUUGUCUCACUGGAGCCUUCUGCUGUAAAUCAAAGAAAUAUGCACAGAAUUUAAACAUUUUUAUGAGAAACCUUAAAUGUAACUAUUUUCAUUACAAAUUAAGGAUAUUACAUGGUUGCAUUUCUGGCUUUUCAUUGGGAUGUUCAUGAGCCUAUAAGGCAUUGCUUUUGGCUAUUUCCAAUUUUAAAAUUUUACUUUGGUAAAUUGAAGAUAACUUUGUGGAUUUCUAAAUUAGGACAGUAAUCCAAAAAAUUCAUUCAGAUAGGUAAGGUACAUAGACAUAUUACCAAAGAGCUACACCACUUUUCUAUCUCUAGAGUUGAUUGUCUCUUCUGGAGCAUUAGCUAUGUAUCAAAUGAACUUAUUGGGCCAUGACCUAUUCCCAUAGAAAUACAUAAAAGAUUUAGAUGCAGAAACAUUUUCCCCGUAAAGAUAUGCUUGAAAGAGAAUUAGAUUUGAGGUCCAAAGCCUUGCCUUUUAAAAUUGUUUCAGGUAGAAUCUUCAAAGGGCACUGUUGCCUGUUGUGCCAACUGACAGCAAUGAGCCUUGUCUUGAGGGCCUGCCAAGACUGGUCAAAACAUAUCUGUUGUGACUUCUAUUAACUACACAAGAGUUAAGAAGAGGAGACAGUUCCCUUUCAGAGGGGCCAAACCCUGAAAGUCCAUGCUGCUGCCGCCACCGCCGCCACUUUGUGUCAGGAAAUGUAUACCUCAGGAAUAGGCACAAAUCCUAUGUGACUUUGCUUGAAUUCCAUGACAGUGUUUGAAGAAAACUCUCAGCAGCUUAUACUGAAGUUCUCAGUGUGCUACAAUGCAAAGCAAAGCUUCUUCUUCUUUUGCUUCUUCUUGACGAUACUGAAUGUGAUAUAUGUAAAGAGGAGUACUUCCUUGCCAUAUGUAAGGCUUGUAAACUUAUUUAAGUUAUGUAGACAAAUCAAAGUGGCAUUGCUUAACCUUCUAACAGGUAUGAUAACCAGGUUAAACAGCAAUGAUGCAAAACUUAGGUCACUUUGAAAAUGUAAACCAAAGUUCCUUGACCUUUUUAAUAAGAUAGAAAUGGUGAGUUUGAAAGGAAAAAAAAACCCUUGGCCAUUCCCUCAUUUAUAUACUCUUAAUUCCAGACAUAAAUCAUUCUGAAAUAAAAGUAAUUCUAGCAGCCACAGAGUAAAUUGCUGAGAGAGCCUAUCAAUCCUGUCUUAUUAAAGUUUACGUUUUUAUUUUUAUAUAUUGGAGGAUGGUCACUAUUACAAAAUAACCUUCUCAGGUCAAAACCUUUCUCAGGGAAUAUGCCAUGUAAUUCUUUCUUUUGUGCUGUUUUUCUUUAACAGAAUACUUGCUUGUUCAGACCAAACCAAAUGUAAACUUUUUAUACUGCUAUGUACAUGUUAUGUGCUGUUAAUAGUAACUACCUCUGAGUUUACACAUAAAGGACAAAUAAUGACUUUUCACACUAUGCUUUCCCAUGAGAACAAUAGUACAGUGGUUUCUGUACUUCAGUGAACAUGUGUGACUUGACAUUCACAAGAAGAACUGACCUGCAGAGGUCUGGGCAGGGUGGCUCCUCUCUGCUUUGGAAACUCUGAGCCACAUUUGUUUACAUAGGGGGGAAGAAAGUUGUUCUGUUUACAGAAAAUAACUACCUCAUACCUACCACAUAAGCAACAGCUUCUGUGCUGCUCAGGCCUUAAAGGUGGCUGUUGAUACAAUGGUACAUACAUUUGAGUGGGGGGGGGGGGGGCUUUUGUUCAGUAAACAAUACCCAUCUAACUUACACUUGGACAUGAGCUUAAUUUUUAAUGCCUGAAGGAGGAAUGAAUGCUGUUCACACAUGUAGACAUAUAGAAAGGCAGCCAAUAUGUGGAGAAUUUAUCUAAAUACAUUGCAAUAAGAAUACAGAUGUGUGUUUUUACUUUUGUUUCCCAUUAGUUGGAUCCAGUGAUCUGCUCUGUUUCAGCAUUGACAGCCUCUAAAUGUUAGGAGUAUUCUCAGAAUUCUCCUCCCCCCCCCCCUUCAACUAAUGAAGCGUAUUUACUCCUUCAUAAGCAACUAGAGUUUAGUUACCUGUGCCACACAAAAAAACUGCAAUUCAUAUGGCUGCUGUACAUCUGUGUCUGAAGUGCUAACUCAUUGUUUUUAUUGCUUUGAAAAUGGACAGGUCCAAGGGGUCAUUUCCUGUUCAGUCCUGGGUCUGUCUGUUUGAGAGCAGUACUGCAGUGAGUAGUAAUGAGUGUUGCUGUCUUCAGAUCUUGAUAAAUAAUGCAGUUAUGCAACUGGCAUGUUUGAAUUUUUUUUUAAACACAGAGUUGACUUUCAGUUCCUUUGUCAUCACAUUAAGGAAUGUCCCCUACUUCCGUCCUCAUUCUCAGCAGUAUCCCGAGUUUCUGCUAAAAUGUUCAGCAGAACAGCAUAAACUUGAACUAUGCCCCUGGCCAAUACUUCAAAGAAUAAGCCACAAAAAAGUUCACUAAAACAAGGCUCCCACCAGCACAUCUUUCCCCCACCACAGAAUUGGAGCCCAUCUUCUCUUCCUCCAGAAUGAAAUCAGAAUUGUCUCCCAUUGGUCCCUGUGAGCUCCUGACUCUCUGUUGGGGUUGUGCCACUGAACUGACACGGAAUAUUAUGUGCACACUUGCACAGCAUCUCUUAGAUCAUUCUGGAAGGGAAAGUCAGUGGGACAAGUACUUAAGUGCUAUUUGAGCACUAAAAUUAGCUCUAAAAAUGUGAUACUUCUGCCAAAUGAAGGCUAUUCAAUUUUUAAAGCUGUUUUAAUUUGUGCUAGUGCCAUCCCAAAGUGACUGCUAGUACAUAGUUUCAUGGAUGGAGACCCACAAAAGUGUUUAUAGACCUUGUGACCUUCUUUGUAACAGAAAUUAUUAAAAAGUGGGAAGAGCUCAUUAAGUCUUAAAGCUAAUUUAAAUUAAUUUAUCUCUAAGAAAUGUUUAUCAUAAAAAUAUAUGUGUGUGUGUUUUUUUCUCCCCUUGCCAUUAUGAUGGGUAUGAGAGUCAUUGGGAAAAGGAUGUUGUGUGCAGAUGCACUGAGUUUAACUUUACUAGAAUGUCUUUAAAGAAAUUUAAAGAAAUUAUGUGUCUUUACUUCCUUUUAAAAGACUUGUUAAAUGUGUGUUGUUCUGUUUUAUAUCAACAGCCUCUUUAAGAUAUGCUGAUUACUUCUGUCUUCAUGACUGCUUAGUAACAAAAUGUUGACAUAGGGUUUUACUUACACAGGACUCAUAUAGUUCCAUGGCUCUGCAAGGCAGUUUAUGUUGGGGUUAGCAAGUGGUAGCCAAACUCAGGCCAAACUGAGUCCUGCAUAGGAGCACUGCAUGGACUUUGCAUUUGAUAGUCCACAGGCAAAAGUGGAUCAUAGGAGAGCAAAUUCCAUUUGGGAGAGUGGCCCUAACAAAUGUGCCCCUCUCUGUUGGAGAGGGGGCCAUGCUGCCCACACAACAGACUGAGAUCUGAGCUGAACAUGAUAAUGUGUGGAAACAUUUGCUAUACUUGUUGCAAAAUUUAAAAACAUUAAACAAGGAAAGACAUGGUGAUAUAUGGUUUUGACUACCUCUUGCAUUUACUACUUUUAAAGCAACAAACUGGUUGACAUGUAUUACCAGAUCUAACUUUAAUCUGUGUAUGUUGUUAUUGUUAUAGCCAGAGACCAAAGUGAGCACUGAUCACUAUGCUUCUUGAAUAUUGUCUUUUUAUCUAGUGUUUUUAAAAAUUGUCCUCUGUAGUAUAUAGAUUACCUCUUGGUCCAUAUUGAUUCAUAUUUUGUUUACAAAGUGUGACAAAAUCACUUGAAUUCUUUGGGUCUUUUAAAAGACAAGACAGUGAGCCAAGUUUUUUGAAGGUCAUUUUCACAUAUCUACUGUCUAUCUUGUUGGACUGAAGCACUGAUUUGCCUUUCUACAUAUCCUGUAUUUUAAAUUUUCAUUUUUGCCUAAUUUUUUAUUUCCAUCAAUCAUCAAUUUGUGAUUGAAGUUUAAAAGGAAUACAUGAUGAAAAAUAAAACAUAUAACGUUGGCAUUUA